UGCAGUCCGAGGUCAUCUCGCUUUCCCAUCUGCUUUAUUCCUCCCACUCGCGCGAUGCUGCAGGCAGCGUUCAGGUCAACGGCGGCGCGCAGCGUUGCGUACCGCUCAGUACGAUGCAUGGCCUCCAAGCCGCCACGGAGGCCCGCCAACCCUCCGCCGCCCCCUCCACCCCAGGCUCCUCCUCCUGCCAGCGAGAUUCCUGCCGAGGCCCCGAAGGCGGUUCCUAGCUCGCAGAUCGUUCCGAGUCUAGAUUUUGACCCCUCGGCGGAGGAUGCCAAGCAAGAGCGCACGGGCGCGCGCUCGUCAAAGGAUUCGCUGUCGAGUAUCGAGCGGCGACGGCGGUUCCUCGGCCGCGUGUCCCUGGCUAUGCUCUUGGUUGGCGCGGGUGUAGCGACAUGGCAGAUGGGGUCGCCGCUAGACGAAGAUGAGCUGAGGGCGAGACGAUGGACUGCCGAGGACGCGCCCCAGUCGCGCUGGGAGCGGACAAAGCUACGGUUCACGGGCAUAUUCGAUACCUUCACAGAGCCCCUCUGGCCUGAGCUCCUUCCUCCGCCAAUGCAGGGUCAUCUGUACCGGCCGUACACACUUCUCGUUUCAGUAGAUGACCUCCUCGUCACAUCGACAUGGGAUCGGCAACACGGAUGGCGAACAGCCAAGCGUCCCGGCGUGGACUACUUCCUAGGCUAUCUCUCCCAAUUCUACGAAAUCGUUGUCUUCACCACCCAGUUCCACUACACCGCCAUGCCCAUCAUCGACAAGCUGGACCCAUAUCAGUUUUACAUCAUGCACCGGCUCUUCCGCGACGCCUGCCGAUCCGAAAAAGGCCAGCCGGUUAAGGAUCUCAAGUACCUGAACCGCGACCUGUCCAAGGUCGUCCUGCUCGACACGCACCCGGAGCACGUCACCCCGAACCCCGAAAAUGCGGUCAUCCUGCCCAAGUGGACCGGCGACCCGAAGGACCGCGGUCUGAUCGCUGUCAUCCCCUUCCUCGAGUCGAUCGCGAUUUUCAGGACGCCUGAUGUGCGCCCUGUGCUGCAAGCGUACGAGGGCAAGGACAUCCCGAUCGAGUUCGCGAAGAAGGAGGCUGAGAUGAAGCAGCGACAUCUCGAGGAGUGGGAGCAUAGCCGCAAGGGACUCUCACGCGGCGGGCUGACGCUCAGCAGCCUCUUCGGCGGCUCGGAGCAGGCCGUCGCGUCCCCCGUCCCGCUCACGUACCUCGAGCAGAAGCGGCUCGAGGCGCAACAGCACUUCAAAGAGGAGCAGGAGUACCUGCGCGCGAACAAAGACAACUUCGACAAGAUGCUCAAGGAGGAGCAGGAGGCAAUGGCGCGCGAGAUGCCGAGCACCAUCUGGGGCGCGAUGCAGGCGAUGGUGACGCCUCCGCCUCCGCCAGGCCAGGCCUCGCAGCAGAUCGCGCCGAAGACGACCGAGUCGCCGUCGACCACGGGCCCCAGCGCGGCGAAGUAGGCGGACGUCUGUUCCUACGCGCGGUGGCGGUGCGGCGCGGACACUCGCGACGGCUCUCUCGUUCGUGGUAGCAGAACGCGACGAUCGAUGCUCGGGCGCCGACUAGCUUUUACGAUACAAACGUUAAUACUAAUCGAAUCAUCACUCCGUAGACGAUUCCCCCCUCGAUAUCAUUCCGCCCAACAGUGCCCAUGGUUCCGUGUGCAUCCUCUACUCAUCUCCGAUGCGAAAGUACGGUGCGCCGGGGCCUUGCUGGUAUACCGGAAGCGGGCCGCCUUCUC